AUGACUGUGUCGCCGAGAAUCAUUCCCUCUGCCACGCUCGCCCAGAGUGAGCUGUGGGACGAAGCGCGUCGCAACGGGCUUCGGAAACCGCGGUACAAGAAGCAAGACAUCGACGAGCGAAGAUCGAAGAACUUGAUUCCUGGGACGCCCUUGUCCGCUCUGCGCCAGGAUGACCGGGUGCCGGUUCUCCUGGUUCAGCGGUCAACAGAGUGCAGUGGGACGAGCGACCGAGGUCUUCAUGGAUGGACGCUAUUCCUGCCAGCCGGCUGGGGCAUGCCUUUCUUCUCGUCUCUCACGUUCACCGGAACACGUGUCGCCGGCCAACGCGAGCGCGCUGCCCAAGCGUUCGAGGCAGGAUCUGCCUAUUUUCCGCGUGACUAUCCCACGUGCCUUAGUUACACGGCGCAUGUGACCGAGCGUGAAUCAACCGAGCGCGCAAGGUGGGAGAGGACGCCACCUGCUAAACGCCCGAACUUCGAAAAACUGGGAACGCGUAGUCCCUGGCGUGCUGACUGGGAGGUCGUUUUGGGUGCAGACCCGGAUCUAGUUUCCACUCAGCGCGAGCCAGGCAAGGAGACUUGGGAGCCUUGGCUUCUCCGUGGAUCGGGUGUGCGGGCGCUGCUCGACAAGCUCAUUGCAGACCCCGGUGUUUUCAGUGCUGAGCUCAAUGCUUUACGAAUCAAACGGCAUUUUGCCCCAUUGCAGCAAUCAUCAGUGUUACUAGCAUCGAGUGCGUUGUUGCGCGUCAAAAUCAAUCCCAUCAAAGAGGGGAAUCCGCAGGAUCUGGCUUUAAUCUACGCCAUUCCCAGCGAUGAAGGAGAACUACCCUCCGAAAUCAUCGGUUAUGUGACAUCCGGGAACUUUUCGCUGUCUCAAGGGACUGGCUUUGCCAUCGGGGCUGUCAGUCUCACUAGCUACCUCAAGCUCACCACCAAGAACCUGCCCUCGGAGCGCACCAAAAGCACGCUCACCAAGAACCCGCUCUUCGUCAAAUAUCGAGACCGUGAUGGUCAUGUUUUUCGGGCAGCAGAAAUCCAAGUGCUUGAUACUUAG